AUGAAAGAGACCCUGCGCAAGAAGUCAACCAAGACCAGUUCAGGCAGCGAGUUUGAUGUGACUUCGCAGCUGGAUGUCACCUCUCAGUCCAGUGAAUCUGUCUCGCCGAAUCCAUGGGCCAGUGAGACCUCGUCCGCCUUGAAUGGUGAAGGCAUAUCUCGCCAGAUGUCCAAAUCUUCCAGGACUCCAGAUACCACGUCUCCCAUACGAAGCAUCAUGUCGACUGCCACCAAGGAAGAAGAGUCUGGCUCACCUCCUCCAUCCACUCAGCGGUUGGACGUUCCUCCCCCCGUUGGCGACGCCGCUACCACUGACGACUCUGGCAAACCCACCCGCCGAAGAAAGACCGUCACCAAGACGCCUCACACUUUCGAGCUCGAGGCUGAUCUAAACCCCGUUAAACAGAAAGAACAGCAGCCAAUCUCUGUGCCCAACGAACCGCCUAAAGCAGACGUCCAAACGCCCGUGCCCAAAAAGAAGAAACGAGUAUCUCAGGUAGCCUCCCCCGAUGCUACGACCACCCCCACGGUCAUGGUCAAUUCAAUGCCCUCCCCUGAUGUAGCGACUCCCAUAUCAUCACCAAAGUCUCCUUCUGUCGCCCCUCCAUCCACUUCAAACCAGGCUCUGGCCCCCUCAACAACGACUUCUCCUUCUCUCAAACCAAAUGGCUCAUCAACAACCACUCCCGUAAACCCUUUCACGACACGAACCAAGAAAUCCCAGUCCAUGUCAUCCGUCCCUCAAGUCUUCGCUUCCAACCCUUGCCGUUUCACACCGCCACCGUUGCCGAAAGAAUCCUUCCACGGCAAAGUCAUCGUUCUGACCAAUGGCGCCAGCCAAACAGGCCAGUGCCUCGUACGUCAAUUCCACUCGGCAGGUUGUCGGGUGAUCUUUGGCGACACGAACGGUGACCAGGCCCGCAAAUUUAUCUCCUCGCUAGGCCCACCGCACGUGGUUCACUACAACAGAUGCGAUAUGACAAGGUACUCUGACAUGCUGGACCUCUUCAAGCUUGCGAUCACCAUGUACGGUCGUGUUGACCACGCAAUCUUCGGCGUGGGCGAUGACGGCGGGCAAGCAUGCACGGUCGGUGCGGGCGAAAAGGGCUGGUUUGAAGACCGACCUGGGAUCAACAAGACGGCCAAAAUGGCCUAUGACGAGGUCGCAACAGAGCCCGCCGGUUUGGCAGAAAUCAUCACGGCGAGCAUCCGGUUUGCUCGAAUUGCAUUGGCGUAUCUGAAGUAUUCGCCGAAGUCCAAGAGCAGCACCAAGAAAAUCGUCAAUCCCUAUUCGAAACCGCAGCCUGAGCCUUCUACCCCACCGGGUAUGAACGACCGCAGUCUGACUUUCCUAACAUCUGUGGCAGCAUUCAAGGAGACCCCACGCCUGCCUAUCUACCAAGUAACGCAGCACUCGAUCCUGGGACUCGUGCGCAGCCUCUGGACGAACAUCGACCCUGACCCAGAACGCGAUGGCGUGCGAAUCAACGCAGUCGUCACGAACGUCAUGGUCCCACGCGCUGUCGCCCAGUCUGGGGGCCGGAGCAUGUCUGUGCAGCUUCCACCAGAUCGACCUGAGGACAUUGCUCGCGUCGUUGUCGGCGUGGUUGCCACAAAUGCAUCCACGCCGGACAUCAACGGCGGAGACUCGUCGAAUGGCAGCGGCAUCGCCAGUGGUGGCGGCGUGUGGUACGAAAAGGGCCAUGAACGGGGCAUGCGCGAGAAGUACCUCCACGGUAGGGUCAUUUACGCCGUGGGCACCGAGGGCUGGGACGUCCAGGAGGGAAUGAGUCGUAGCGAGCCCAUCUGGCUGGGCCAGAAGCCUGCUGAGUCUCUGAACCGCAGCAUGGCCGGGUUAAGCCUGGACGGGCAGAGUACCUGGAUACUGGAUAUGGUCUAA